CUUUUACCAAGCACAUCGUGGGUUCGGCCCACCACAAUGGGGCGACAUCCGGUGAACAGCAAUGAGCAGUUGUAUAGUGAGAGACGGGCCCCCGACAUAUCCGGGAUAGAACACCUCCCAAAAACAUCCUAAAGCUUUUUCGACCCGUUUUAAUUCCUUUCCGGUCCCCAGAGCGGUGGAAUGACACAUUAACCGCUCGACCAUCCGGCCGUCCAUAUUAAAGUACUGUAUGUUAAAGUAUAGUCACGCAAGUAUAAAUAGCCAAUGAGAUUGCGAAUAUCGAAGUAUAAAAUCACUUGAGCAUUGCAGAAUUAUCAAAACAUCUAAAGAAACCGAUCGAUUGUUUUUCUUUUAAUAAAUCCCCGUCGCUGAUUUUUAAUAACAAUCUAUAUAUCAGCAGAAGAAGCUAUUCACACAAGAUCAUCUUUUAAGAAAACAUAAAAUCGAGGAUGAUGUAUCUGUUGAAGUUUAUGCAUUUUUUCACCGUUAUUUUCAUAUGUCAUGCGUUGGAAGGAUAUUUGGAUAUGACUUACAAUUUACACGAAAAAGUGCCAAUAUAUCCAGGAAUUACUCCGUUGAGUGUCAAAAUGAUAUAUAAUGGCACCGAACCAGAGGGUUAUUGGCUCCAGCUGGAAGAUAUAACUACUUGCGUUCAUGUUGGAACUCAUAUGGAUGCACCGUGCCAUUUUGCUCUAGGUAAAUGGUGCAUUAAUGAAAUUCCUUUAGAACGUCUAAUAGCUCCAGCAGUAGUAGUAGAUAUCACCAGUAAAUUUACCGAUGGAUCAAUAUCAAACUUAAUGCCAGAAGAUUUAGAAAAGUGGGAAAGUAUUCAUGGAAAAAUACCGGAUGGAAGUAUCUUGAUUCUGAAGACCGGCUGGGGAAAAUUUUGGAACGAUAAUGAAAAAUAUGUAAAUGGCAGUGAACCACACAAAAAGGUCCCAGGAAUAUCGCCUCAGGCAGCGUCUUGGUUAGUUGCCAAUACAAAAAUUUAUGGAGUAGGGGUAGAAACCUUAUCUCAAGAUGAAAUGCCUACUAAUAUAUUCGAGGCUCACGUUAUAUUGCAAGGUGCUAACAUUUAUGGAAUUGAAAAUAUAGCUAAUGUUGAUAAAUUACCUGUUACGGGCGCUAUUUUAUAUGCAAUGCCUGUUAAACUUAGAAAUGGUAGUGGUGCACCCGCUCGAGUUUUCGCUAAAUUACCAAAAUAAAAUUCAUUUCUGUAUAAGUAUCUUCAUCCUGUUUUGGCACUUAAAGUCACUGAUAUAAAAAUUUUUAGCAGAAAAAUACUUGAAAGUGAUCAAAUAGUUUUCCAGGCAAUUCAAUGUGAACUACGAAUUCGAUACUCAAUUCAGUUAGAAAUUAAAAUUACAACUUCAUCAAGUAUAAUAAAAUGUUAUAAAUUUAUGACAGUGCCAAGCAUAAUGGCGAUACUUACAAUUUUAAAUAUAAAAUUUAUAUCCAGAAAGACUAUUUUUUAAAUAUGUAAUAAAAGUAUUCUAUGUAAUAAAUUACUAUAUUUUACAUCAGGGGUUUCCAACCUUUUUUGUGUAUCGAACCCUUUCGAGAAAUUUUUUUCCAUCCAACCCCUUAAAUAAAUAUAUA